GGAUCUCCUCGCCUCUCUGGUGGUACUGUUCCACGUGACCGAAUUCUACCAAUCAACGUGGCCGAUUCUAUGGGCCUAUAAUAUCCAAUGUGAGCUACAUCGUUAUCUCAGGUUUAUAGGAUUUAACAGCACGGUCUUUACCAUGAUGGCUAUAGCUAUUGAUAGAUAUUUCGCAGUAAGUAGCCCUGUCUUGUUCAAGGCUAAAUUUACGGUCAGUCGAACAAAGUUCAUUCUCCUCUUCAUCUGGUUGAUCGCGUUCGCCACCGCUCUCCCCGUCGCCUUUAUGUUUGAGAGUAUUCACAGCGGAGAUGGGCAGGCGAUCUCCUACCCAGGUAAACUUCCCUGGGCGUGCAAAGUCAUCGUCCCCUUCGGACCGUGGUGGAAAGACUUCAAACCCGUGUACAUCAACAUCCUCCUCUUCUACGUGCCCGUCAUCAUCACCGCCGUCAUCUACGUACGCAUCGUGAUACAUGUCAAACGAAGCAAUAGUUACCUGAAGAAUAAGCUCGUCAAUGGCGCCCCGGUGCCGAAACGGUUUCGCAACACACAUUGGAAGAUAUGCAAGAGUUUGCUUUGCGUUUUCCUCGGCUUCAUCGUCUGUUUCGCGCCUUUCGCCACCUAUAACAUCGUACAGCAGUAUUUCUCAACAGCAUUGCACCCCGAACUUAAAAACCUCUCACUUCUUUUGCCUUACUUCAACUCAUGCCUAAAUCCUGCCAUCUAUUCCUUCACGAACGAUACAUUUUGGAAAGCCGUCAAGCAGAUAAUCUGUAGGUCGACGUCGAAAAGCACGACGAGGGCGUCGUUGCCCUCGAGCGAGAUGAACGGAGGUCAUCCGUCUGGUCUCAAUGCUAUAUCGGGCAAUCAGAUGCGGGAGCGUGGAGAAAGCGGGCGGGCGGUAGGAAUCUCGUUCUCGUAUGAAAGGAACGCGGUUGAAGUGGAAUACAGCCCUGGCUUGGCUCGACAUCAGAUCAAUCUCGUUGACGAUUGCGAACACAGCCACGGGACGGUGUCCGAAAAUACGAGAUCGUCAGAAUAUUGCAUGACAACAUUUUAUUCACAUGGAAAUGCAUGAAUUGAUUACCACGAGCCGUGUAUAUGAAACAAGAACAAAGAAGAAUGAUUGAUUUAAAGGAUGAUUGAACAUUUGUAACGAGAUAGCUUGCGCGAAAACGAAAACAUUAAAGAAACUUAUCAAUAAAAGUUUGAGAAAAAAUGAAUGAAUGAUAAGGAAUUUAUGAGCAUAUGAAUUUUAGAUCAUUAUUGUAAUGUAAAUCCUCUUAUUGGCAAUGCGACAAAGAUGGCUCUUUGAUGUCAUAUGUGCAUUACUUUUCAAUUUUUUUAAAUAAAAAUAUUUAAACGGCAUCCUUUAUCACAUCUUUCAGUAGAUCGUGUAUAAUAUUCUUUCUACAGGAGGGCAAAUAAUACAUAUUUUCAAGGAAUACAUUAUAGAUAAAGUAUUUGUAUCACCAUUAGAAAGAGCGCAACAAAGAGAGACAUUUUGGGGGUAUUUUAUACUCUAUCAAACUGUCAAGUUACAUGUGACAUCACAAAUCUAGGUCGCAUCAAUAUCUCCUUGGUCGUAUUGCCAGUGGAAGGACCUUAAUAGCGCGACAGCGUUAUAGUGAUCGUAAUACUCAUAUUCCUAUUCCACACAAGUCCACUUGUUGUCCAAGAAGUUAUAAAAAAACGAUCAAAAGAGUAAAUUAUGGAGGCAUGUUCUAUCAUCUCUAUUUUAAAUAUUUUUUACUGAAAGUUUGGAGACACAGACACUGGUUAAAGUGAUUUGAAUAAGUUGACCACAAUUUUCACAGUGAUUUAUGAAUUGGUAGUUUUACUUGUGUCACAAUCGACUGAAUAAUGAAGAUAAAUGUUUCCCCAAUUAUUGCUUUCAGAACCGUCUGAUUUAGGUUACACUUAGUGAUUACGAGGGUUCAUAAUUCCGAAGGUUCGUAAUUUCGAAACACGUAAAUUGCCUAUACUUCGAUGUUCGUUAAUCCGAAA